AUGUUACGAUUAUUAGAAAUCUUGCCACAAAUUUCAUCCAAAACUAGCAAAGCCAAUGAUCGAAUGCUCGAACAGUGUCGAUUGUGUUAUAAAGAUAAUCGAAUAGAAUUGGCUAAAAUCGAUGAGUUCGAAAAAGAUUAUCGUUCUGACUCAGCUAUCCGUUGGUAUACAAAAGAUUCAUUUCUCUAUCGUUUGUUGAACAUGGCAUUAAGAUGUGAAAAUAUUGAUAUGAUUAUUGAUUUUCGAUAUUUUAUCAUCGAUUUAUAUGAACAACUCACAUUAUCACACAUUCAAUAUAUGAGAACUUUUGAAGAACCAACAACAUUGACUGUUUAUCGAGGGUAUACUAAAAAGAAAAGAAUGCCCUAUUUUUCUAUACUAUUUGAUUAUGCUUCAACUAAUAUCUUUGUCUUCAUCGGCGGUGUGGCCUUCUCAACUUCCUAUGCUAUCGUACAAGGAAAAGGAGCCGGAACGAUCAAACUCUUGGCUAGGAGCUACUUCAUCUAUCUAUAUUGGGUAUCCAUCAUUUGGAUGAUGUUUUGUAUGAUUGACAUCAAUCGUCGUCGAGGCACUUCGAACAAAUUGAAUUCGAACGAUGCAGAUUUGACUAGUGAUAUUCGUCUCACUCGAAACAAACGUAUAUUAACGUCGACAGGAGCAAAUAGAAAAUCAUCAAUUGCAACCUAUAGCGAUUUGCAAGUACUCCAUGAGUCUGAAGAAGAUCAAUUAGAUAAUAACGAAGAUAAUCGAUCAGAGAUCAAUCUUAAUGAAGUAUCAACAGACAAUCAAGAUAUAUCUACUUUUGAUGAUCAUCGCAAUAAAUUGAACUCUCUGGAAAAUCUCUCGUAUCAAUCAUUGGCAACGAAAUCAUCAACAGAUAUGACACGAGGCGUCCGGGGUCGACAAAGUGCUCUCAGUGCAAUCGGACAACGUGAUCUCGGAACCUUUGUACGCCGUCGAAGGGACAGCAUUGUUCAACACAUUAUCGGCUACAACUACGAUGGCAAUUCUACCGUUGGUGGUCUCUAUACUCGCAUAGGCAUCGGAAUUUUUUGCCUUGGCACAGUGAUUCAUUCGGCUCUAUCGAUUCUAAGUAAUUUGGAAAAUCGUUCAUGUAUACGAUGGAUAUCUGUAAUGGAUAAUUCCUCACGAUUGCUCUUCAGCUUCAUUCAAUUCUUCUUCAUUUUCAAACAUUCGAACCUCAUCAUUCGAGCCUAUAAAAGUUUAGCUCAAUUGGCAGUCAUGCAUAUUGUGGUCACUAAUUUGUGUGUAUGGUUUCGCAUGGUCAUCGUUGAAACCAAAUCGCAGAUUGUGGAAAUCAGAGAGCAUGAAAUGGCUCUAGCACAACACAGUAGUACCAUUAGCCACUUGAUUAACGGUAGCCAAAGCACAAUCAACCUUUCUCAUCGUCUACUGAGCUCCAAUCCGGAGUGCUCCAAGGUACUCGCCACCGGUUUACAGUCUCAUGUGUCUCACAUUGUUCUUUCUCAUUUGGGAAAAUAUCGGUAA